AAAUAAGUUUGAAAUCUAACAUCAAAGUCUCAAAUGUGUUGGUUCCACAACUCCGUGUCCCCGCGAUCCCAUUGUUGUACAAAACUUCGACCGAUUUUUCCUGUAUUUUCCACUAUAAAAUUGACCAAAAUGCCUCGCCGACGGGUCUUAGAGGUCAGCAGUGAUGAGGAGCCCUCACAGAGCCAGCCAGCAACACAGCUGUCACAGAGUCAGGGGGCUGGUGUGAUCUCUGACCAAGACAAGAAAAGGCUUGCUGGCAUUGUUUGCAACUACCUUAUGGUGUCUGAUUGCAAAAAGAUUCCAGCAAAAAGAGCAGAUAUUGUUAAGGCUAUAUUAAAAGAUCAUGGCAAACAUUUCAAAGAAGUAUUGGCAGAGGCUAAUCGAAUAAUGGAAAAGGUCUAUGGGUAUAAAGUGGUGGAGCUUGAGAAGAAGAAUCAGUUCAUCAUGGUCAAUACCCUGAUGAUGAACAAUAACAAUGAUAAUGAUGACUUGCUCUUGGCUCCCAGAACCAAUAGUGAAGCGGCCAACAUAGGACUCAUUACGGCCAUCCUUGCCGGGAUUUUCAUGUCAGGCCAAGUGAUGCAAGAAGGGCCAUUGCGUGAGUAUUUGAAAAAACUUGGCAUUGAUAUUGACUCCCAAGAAGAGCACCCUACUUUUGGGAACAUUACAAGAUACAUUCAUCAAGACCUGGUUAGACAGCAGUACCUCCAGAUCAACCGAAUCACAAAUGUGGAUCCUCCCUCCAAUGAAUAUCGCUGGGGGGAGCGAGCACACAAAGAGUUGAGCAAGAAGGACAUUCUCGAGUUAGUGUGCAAGGUGUAUGGAAAUCAGACAAGACCAGAGGAUUGGGUUGCCCAGUGGAAGAUUGUCAAAAAGGAGGAGGAAGAGAGCUGAUAUGUUUUUUAUGUCCCUUUCUCUUUCUUUCUUUUUAGUGUAAAGUCUUAUUACAAUCCAUUGAUUAGACAAAGAGGAGUGUAAUAUGAUUGACUUUUUUGUACUCUGUUGCAAAUGCUUGAAAUACUGUUUUUAUCACUUGAAUGUCUCUAAGCAAUAUUCUUAUUACUGGAAGUGUGAUUGCUAUAUGUAUACACUUUUUUUAUUAGAAUUGAGAUGAUUGCUCUAGAUAUCAGAUUUGUACUUGGCAGUCCUUAAUAUUUUUAUAUAUUUGUGCAGGUGGUCUUGCAUAUAGAUAAAAUCGAUUAAGAGGAGUUUUAUUGAUCAUAUCAGAAAAGUAUUUAUAAGUCAUUUUAUGGCUGAAGUCAACCCAUAACUAAACACUGUACAUCUAAAACCACUGUAAGAAAUAAGAUCAUUGUAACAUACCCAGGUAGUGGUUGUUUGGCAUAUCUCUGUGAGUAUAUUUUUAUAUGGUUACAAGUGCUGUUGAUUGAUACUAAUAAAUGCCCUGAAGCUAG